ACCAGUCCAUCUUAUUUUUAUUUUUGCUCUCAUUUCGACAAUGGCACCGCCAGAGAAGAAGAAGUUUCAGCUCUCCAUCCGCUUCUGCGGGCCAAAGUGCUCGUCCUGCUGCAUGGUGUUUAGCAUUUGGGGUAUUCUCAUGCUGAUCGUCCUUGGCAUCCUGUUCAAGGUCAAGACCGUCUCGCUGUUCGAGGAUACCGACGACUCAUCUAAAACUGGAACCAACUGCUUUAUCGCUGCUGGCAUUUACGCCGGAACACUCCUGCUUUCCCUCUGCCAGCGAAAGCUCAACCAGAACCGCCCCGCAGCGCCUGCCCACCAGUACGCGAUGGAUUCCGAGGCUUGAGCAAUCAAACCGUCAAUAGGCGGUCCUGCUGAUGCUGAUGCUGCCGCCUCUGCAAUUCUGGUUUUUUUAUCUUGUGUGUUUGUUUUCUUCAUGGCUUGUAUUGGAUGUUCUUAUGUGCGUGUACCAGUGUUUUCUACUCAAUUCCACCUUGUGAUUUCUAA